AUUGACGUCUAUCCGUCGUGCAAAGAGAAGCCGUGAGAGACCAACUCUUGACCACACGCUCCUAAUCUCAAGUGCUGAAUAUGUUUGACUAGCAUUAACACACUUCAAACUUGAUGAUUCAGUAUUGCUGCUGCUGCAACUAUAGCAUUGGGUGAGGCGGCAACACCUCAUUCCAGGUCACAAGAAUGCCAAGAAUAGCAGCAGUGAUACCGAGUUGAACGUCCUUGACCUACAGGUGAUAUUUGACAGACCAUUUCCUGACCAACCGUCAUUUCGAAUUUGAAACGUGUAUAAUAUAUUUGUGAUUUCAACGAAGUUGAACCUAUCGUCAAUCAGUAUCAGCAUGUCAAAACCUUGGUUUAGAAAGAAAAAAUCAUCAGCAGACAAGACCUUUGAUGAGAUAAGCACAAUUGAUAACCUUCCCAAUUAUGGAUUUCAGUGUUUUAGGGCAUACUUCCCAGAAGAUUCUGCAGAUGUGGACAGGCUUCUCAAACACCUCCAAUAUGUGCUUAAGUUCAUUGGAAACCAUAAAUCUUUGUUUUCAAUCGAAGACAUAGUUAUUAACAAAUUUUUUACAAUUGAUAUCAAUAUUCUCCUAGAAGAUGAACAACUUUUAAUUGAUUGGCCUAACUUCAGUGAGGUUGUGAUCGAUAACUGUGAUUACUGUAUGAAAUGCCUUGGCCUGGCUAUGAAUCAAUUUAUUCUUGAUAGACAUGAAGAAAUACAUGCAGAUAAUUAUGUACAAGUACCAAUCAUACAAGCUAGAAUCAUAAAUGUUGAACCACAUGUACAACUGAAAGACCUGAAAGUAAAUUAUUAUAGCAAACUUGUCACAGUGAAAGGAACAGUAAUAAAAGCUGGCCAAGUGAAGUUAGUUUGUCAGUAUUUAGCUUUCCAAUGUGCUUCAUGUGAGGGUACACAAAUGAUCACACAAAGUGACGGUGGGUAUACACUUCCUACAAAAUGUUUGACAAGAGGAUGUCACAGUCAAAAGAACUUUAUACCUCUGCAUAUCUCACCAUACAACAGGAUCAUUACUUGGCAGAGCAUAAAGAUACAGGAGUUAAUGGGUAACGAACAGUGUGAUAGUGCUAGAAUUCCACGAUCAUUAGAUUGUGAGCUCACUGAAGAUUUAGUUAAAUGUUGUAUACCUGGAGAUGACGUAACAGUAACAGGUAUUGUGAAGGUACGAGAUGCGAAUAGCAAUAAUGGGUGUAAUAAGCAGCACACCAUUUUCACCUUAUAUUUAGAAGCAAUCUCGAUCUGCAAUGAUAAGAAACAAUCUAGAAGGGAUGUUUCAUCGGAGGGAAUGACAUUCAAUGUCAGUGACUGCCAUUUAAUACAGGAAAUUCAUUCUCAUCCAAACCUGUUCAAAUUUUUGGUCCACUGUAUUUGUCCUAGCAUAUGUGGUCACGAGAUAGUGAAAGCAGGGCUUUUGUUGUCUCUUUUCGGUGGAACAAAAAGUGAAACGUUCAGAGGUGAAUCUCAUGUGUUGAUUGUUGGAGAUCCUGGUCUUGGAAAGAGUCAGAUGCUACAGGCAUGUGCAAAUGUGGCUCCCAGAGGUAAGUACCUUUUCAACUUCAACAAUCAUUUGCUUAUGUGAAAAGAUUUCAGUUCAACUGACCACAAAUACAAAUCAAAAUUAAUGUAGUCUGAUCGUAUUAGACGAAAAAUCCCCUGGUUUGUGAAAUAAGAAGCAGUAUAUCCCUAAACAGAAUGAACUACUGUAUCUAUGUUUGUGGCAACACCAGCACUAGCUCUGGUUUGACAGUGAGUGUGACAAGAGAAGGAAACGAGUUUGCAAUGGAAGCUGGAGCUUUGAUGUUAGCAGAUCAAGGAUGUUGUUGUAUUGACGAGUUUGAUAAGAUGCCUUCACAACAUGCUUGUCUACUCGAAGCUAUGGAGCAGCAAAGUAUUAGCGUCGCAAAAGCGGGGAUAGUUUGCAAUUUACCUACAAGAGCAUCGAUUUUAGCUGCUGCAAACCCCGCUGGCGGACAUUAUAAUAAAGCGAAAACUAUUGCAGAAAAUCUGAAAAUUAGUUCGCCUAUGCUUUCCCGUUUUGAUUUAAUAUUCAUCCUACUGGAUCAACCAAACGAGCAAAUGGAUUUGUUGUUAUCAAAACAUGUGCUUGGCCUACACAAAGCGGCUAGAAUCAAAACCAACGUUGAAGAAAAUACUUUCGAAGAAUCAGACAUGGAGCAGGAUUCCUUGAGAGAACGUUUGAGAAAUACGGGCGAGAUCAUAGAUUAUCUUCCACAUCCACUAUUCAGAAAAUAUAUAGCUUAUGCUCAAAAAUAUGUCAAACCUUAUCUGUCGGACGAAGCAAAGGAAAUUAUAAAAGAAUUUUAUUUAUCCUUGAGGAAACAAUUUAAAACAGGAGAUUGUACACCCAUCACUACUAGGCAGUUGAAUUCCUUGAUCAGACUAACCCAGGCCAGAGCAAAGGUUGAAUUAAGAGAGGAAGCUACUAAGGAUGACGCCAAAGAUGUGAUUGAAAUAAUGAAAUUCAGUUUAGAUGAUGUGUUUACUGAUAGUACCGGGAUCUUAGAUAAGUCUAGGUCUCAAAUUGGUACUGGCAUGAGUACUAAAAACCAGGUGGUGAGACUGCUCACCUCAAUACAAAGAAAAUCGGAUGCUGAAGCAAAAUCUGUCUUCAGAACUAAAGAGCUCAAAGAACUCAGCGAGCAGUUGGGCAUGGAUAACAAGAAGUUUUAUCAUGCUUUGCAAACUCUUAAUUUACAAGGAUACUUAUUAUAUAAGGGUCAGAAUCAAUAUCAACUUGUUACGGCUGGUGUUUAAUUUAUAAA